AUGCAGCCCAAGUCAUUCGCUUUCUUCCUGUCGGUCCUGCCAUCCGUUCUUGGACAUCCAGCUCUUGAUGUCCGCCAGACUCAAGACUGUGACGCUGUUCAUAUCUUCCUUGCACGAGGAACUAGUGAGGACUAUCCCGGGCGACAGAUCAGCGUCGUAAAUGCGACCUGCAAUGGUAUCAGCAGUUGUGGUUAUGAAGAUAUCCAGUACCCUGCCUCUUUCCUACCGGACUAUUGCACAUCUGUGGGUGUUGGUGUAGUCAACGGAACAUCUCAGAUCACUGCAUAUGCGGCCAAAUGCCCGAAUGCACAGUUGGUGUUAUCAGGCUACUCCCAGGGCGCUCAAGUCGUUGGCAACAUACUAGGGGGGCAAUCUGGUGGCUCCACGGGCUGUACCGAUGAGACCUCCACCGGAUUGGACCCUACAUCAUCACCGGCGGCUCAAAUUGCGGCAGUGACCCUGUUCGGAGACGUAACUCAUACAGCUAACCAAACAUACAAUGUUGAGUCCGGGGCGGCUUUCGAUGGCAUCUAUCCUAGAACGGGCACGCAGCUCGCACGUCUCAAUGAGUUUUCCAGCGAAAUCCGGUCCUGGUGCUUGGCGGCUGACCCUGUAUGCGCUCAAGGCAGCGAUGCGGCCGCCCACACGAGCUAUUUCUCGAUCUUCUCAGCGGAUGCGGGAGCAUGGAUUCAGACAAAGCUGACUUUGUAA